GCGACAGGAGGAACUGCAGGGUAACGUCGCCACAGAUGCCCACGCUGACCCGUGGAUGACCUCAGAGAAAUGGACAGAACAACCGCGUAAAAAACAAAACAGCCCUCGAUCCCGUCAACGUGGAGGUGAAGGUAAAUAUUUUCAAAAGUGAUCAGAGCAGCCUGUGUGCGGAGGGGGCGGAUGAAUCCAGGGGUUUGGGAGAUUCCAGCAGCAGCUCCUCCUCUCUGCUCCUCCUCUGAAGUGGAUGGAGAAAUGUGGUGCUACCAGAAGCCAGGGUUUGAAGCCCUCCUCCUCGCUGAGCUGCAGAGACAGCAGCAGCGCAGCCAGUUCUGUGACACUCUGCUCAAGGCAGAUGGUGUUUUGGUGCCGGCACACAGUUGCGUGCUCUCAGCGAUAAGUCCCAAUGUGUGCUCUGCUCUGUCCUCCACGCCACCGCCGCCUGCAGGACAGAGUCGUCUCCUGGAGUUUCAGACUCUUGGCACCUGCACACUGCUCCACAUGGUCAGACUGCUGUACUCCGGAGAGAUGGCAGGGGAGGGGGAGAAGGAGAAGCAAGAGGCUAUUUCCGCUGCAGCCAAUCUGGGCAUCCACGGGCUGGUGGAGGUCCCUAGAAGAGAUGGUAAAACCAGAGAUGGGGAAGGAGGAGGCCGACAUGUGGAGGUGGGCGUUCAGACAGAGCCGAUGAUGUUGGAGCUGAAUGAGGGGAAGCGGGUCAAAUGGAGGAGAGAGGUGAGGGACGGGUGCACUUUUCUGUGGAAGGAGAUGCUGUCAGAUGAUGAAAAAGACAUGUGUACACAGACAGAGGAGGUGCAGGGAAACACAGCUCCUUCUACUCACUCUGCAAUCUCCAUUGAAACCCAUGACAUGGCUGCUCUCCAGAAUGCAGAAGAGACAGACUCCCAAAUUGUUCUCUCUCAAAUUCCCCACAUUCCCAUAUCUCUCCUCUACACACCAGAAAACCAAAUAAACCAACCUUCCUCUGCACCUGCGACGUCCACGCAAGACUCCACAGCAGCUGACAACACAUCUGGUGCUGUUGCGGUGUCUCCGUACAUCUCUGUCCCCCUGUCUCUCCAGCCGUUCUCCACCCUGUGUGCCACUGAUCUUAAGAGCUGGUGCACUGCCACUCCAGUAGCAGACAGAGAUGCCACAGAGGGAGAGGAGUGGCAGGACGAGCAGUUACAGCAAUUCCAAGGCAACAUCCCAGGAUUCAUAAACUACUUCCUGAACCCAGACAAAGAGGAGGGCUCCAGCAGGAGGCGAGCGGGCCAGAGGCGUGGGGCAGGGGUGAGGAGGGCCAGGAGAGCCAGGGCAGCUGAGAGACGGGCGGGGAGAACACAAGCAAGGACAGGAGGGAGGUGGAGAGGAAGGUUGACGCAGACGGUGGAUGUGCAGCAUGUCGGGGUGAGCAAGGUGCAGAAGCUGUUCCUGCAGAGGUGGGGGAGGAGGUCAUCGAGGGCGGGUCAGGGAGGAGGAGCUGCAGGAAGGAAGUUGUACCUGAAGACAAGAGAGUUUCUGAAGUCGGCCGAGAGCUAUCGCAGGGGAAGAGGUCGUGGCAAAGUGUUGGACUUCAGUAAGAGUGAAGAGAUGCUGCCACAAAGUGAGGCAGGAGGAGGAGGUGCCACACAGCGUGGACAGAGGACCCCAAUGCAGCACUUUAAACAGGAUGGGCUGCCUGGCAGCGGGACUCAGAAGUCGAGUUCCAAAUCAACAGCGUCGUGUUCUUCCACUUCCGUUCACUUCUACAACAUUGACACCUUAUCCAGCCCCCACCUCCAGCCUUCCCCGUCUCCUCUCCUGCGGUCUCCUGCAGCCUCCUACAUGCCUCCAGCUUCAUCCCUCCUCCACACCACCCCCCUCCCUCCUCCAGGGCCGCCACCCCACGAAGACCAGCCGGAGCAAAUCGAUCGUCUCCUGGAGGAAGUGAUGAUGGGACUGGACAUUUUACCAAAGAGCAACUGCGCUCCUGGUUCAACACGUCCUCGACCAACCAGAGGCAGCAGCUGUACCUACGUCUCCUCUGGGAACAGUUUGGCCCAAAACAAACGACAGGUCUGGACCACUGGCGCUGCUUUCACAAGCGAAGCCAGCACUCACUCUUCUGCACAAGGUGAGGUACCUGUUCUGCAGCAGCAGGGAGAGGGAGAGCUGAACGACAUGCUGGACCACUUCCUCCAGUCGUUUGAGCAACACGUUGAAAACUGUCGUGGCAGGGAAGAGGAAGAGACAAAUGGUGAAAGCUCCAUUGAGCCGAGCAAGUCUGCCCCAGUCCUGAGCGAACACAGGAAAACUAAGACCAAGACCAAAACUUCUCAGAGUUCUUGUCCACGGAAUAAACCCACAGCCCGUCCAGUCAUACACCCUCACACUGAAUCGCAGCAGGGUGAGGAGGCAGUAAAACCUCCAAGCCGUUCACAGCGACGCAAGGCCUCAGCUCAUGGUCCCGUUCCCCCACAACGUGCUGAGGAAACAUCAGGGAACCACAGGACACAGAGAAAAAAAGCAUACAAGAGAAGAAAAAGGCAAUACUUCUUCUCAUUAGAGAAAAAGAGGGUGAGGAAGUCGGGGCCAAUGAGUGAUGCAAAGAUUAAAAUCAUUCACGACCUCAGAGACAAACAGCUCCAGCAGAUUCCUGUGGUGAAACUGGAGAGGGGCGCCCUGAUACCAGUCAGAAUAACGCUGCAGGGACACAGCUGUCAACGUCUGGAAGUCAAGAGCCCAGCAAAAAGAAAAAACAGUUCAUCAUCGGUAAGACACCCUCGCGACUCGUCUGAGAAGAGCCAAUCGGAGUUGCUGAGGAGAAAGACUUAUCCCAUCAGGAGUAGGUUGAGGGAAGGAAAUAUCAUGGAUGGUGUGCCCUUCCUUUACAAGCCACUUGUAGACAAACAACCAACUUCAGUGGAGUCCAGUCGAGGCAGGUCCAUGAAAAAUGGAGAUGCAAGCUUACCUCAUGAUGGGAGUUCAACACCUGUUCAGCUACAGACUGUGGAGAGAGGUGAGGCAGGGUUGACUGUCCAGCCACAGGAAGAGGAAGAGGAUCCUACAAGGAGAGGGAAGAAGAGGAGAGCAGAGUCAGAGGGGGAAACGCGUGGCGACGCCAAAAGGAUUUGCUUUGAGCCAGUGGCACAGCCGACCUCUGAAACAUGCACAAUCAGCUCUGAAUCUACCAACCUACGCUCUGAACAUGUGAACAAGGAGGCAGAGGAAGUGAUUGAUGUAGAGACCAUUUCGUUGACUAGUGUAGGAGACUGUUUGGAAAGAGAAGAAAGCAGAGAAAUCAAAGUCAGACAAACAGAGGGAAGUUUGGUGUGUGUGGAGAUAGAGAGCAGCGCUGAUGAGGUCAUCACUGUGGAUGGAGACACUGAUGAUGGAACCAACCUGGAGAACGAUACGGACGGCUGCAGAGAACCGGCAGGAAUAGGCAGAAUAUUACCAUUUCUGUCCCAGUGUGUUUCACCUCCAACACAUUCAGCACAGAAGAGCAGCACGGGGUCAACAGGAAGCAGGGAAGACGAGGACAUCGAUGUGAUUGGAGAGUCCAGCCCCAUACCUGAGCCGGUGAUCAUCAGCCUUCAGUCUUCAGACAAGGAGGAUGAAGACGAGGACAUUGACGUCGUUGGAGAAAAGAAAGACUACGCCUCAUCAGAGGUCUUCACUAUUGUGAAUAAAGGUGAGCUUUUAAAUUAGAAAACACACUGAGGGACUCUCACUUUAGUAUCUGUGACGUCCAGCCCUGUACGAAUAGACACGGGUCAUUUUCUUUUCUUCUCAUCUGCUCCAGUUUGUUAUUUCUUACAUUUCUCAGAAAAUAUUCCUCAAUUGUUUUUAUGUAGCUGUGAGUUUGAGGUGCAGGUAAAGAGAUGAGCAGUGAUAGAGAUUAAGACAAACAUGGUUUCAUCAUAAAUGUUCUUUUGUAACGUCUUAAGCGUCUUCUGUUGUUGUUGUUGUGUUCAUCAGACAAUCACACGAGGGUUUUUUCUUUUCACAAGGAAACUGAGCGACUUGUUCGUGGUUUGUUCGGAUUUGAAAAACAGAUGAAUGUGGUGAAGACAUAAAGACAGAGUUGCAUCAUUGUGUAUAAAAAUGCUGAAGUGAUCCACCAAACAAGGACUUUAUGGUUUGUGUGCAGAGUCUUAGUACAUGCUUGGAUUGUUCAUUUUUUGUACUUCAGCUGUUGGUUUUAUAUAACAAGUUUCAAGCUUGUUGCUUCUAGGUUUGGUAAUUUGUUGCUGUUAAAUAAAUAUGUUCAGAAAAGUUUGUUUUAACUGUCAAGUGUUGAAAACAACAUGAACCACACAGUUGAGGAGAUUCACUGAAAGAAAUCUGGUUGAUCUUCUGUCAGUGUUUUUUUACUUGUAAAUAUGACUGUGACUGUAUAAGUUGUAAAUAUGAUUGGUAAUGUUCGCCUCUGUUCUGCUACAGUUUAUAAAUGUUCCAGGAAAACUCUCGUCUUCCUUGUUUUACUGUUAAGUCAUGUUUGACGUUGACCAUUUCAACGAUUUGACCUCGA